AUGCUGAGCUCCAUCCCGGAGGCAGGCGCCGCCCGCGCGGAGGAGCUGCCCCCGCCGCGGCCGCACAGGCCCCCGCCCCGCCCGCGGAGCCGGCGGGAGACGCUGCUCGAGGCCGCGUGCAGCGGCUGCAGGGCCGCAUGGGAGCUGGAGGGGUGCGACUCCAUCGUCUGCUUCGAGUUCUCGCACACGGCGUCCUACGAGCCGGGCCCUGCGAAUUACUACCUCGCGUUCGUGGCCCUGCAUCUCUGGCACGGGCCGCUGCGGCAGCGCCGCGGGGUGCCCAUCCUGGCGCCCCCGCGCCUGGCGCGGGUGCUGCGCGACAUGCAGCGGAAGUGGCCGGACGCUGCUGCCCCGACGCCGCGCAUUUCGGACCUCGGCCGGCGGAAGAAAGCACAGGCGCCUGGUCGACCAGCGCACCACCGACGCCCGCGUCUACGCGCAGGGCAUUGCGGCCGCCGUCUGCCGGGCGCUGCUGCGGGGCGGCUGCGCCCGGGGUCGGCUCGCCGCCGGAGUGGCCCAGGCGCCGCGCGUGGCGAUCGUCACGCACCACCACCACGCGCCCAGGUGGAUCGCCUUGCUGGAGCCGACGCUGGGAUGCAACGCGGUGUGCCCUCAACCGAAGACGGCCUCUGA